UCCUUUCUGUCUGGGCGGCUUUGUGUCACGCCGCAGGGGGUUGAAGACUCCGGAGCUACCAGGUCGCCGCAGCGCAGCUGAGGGAGGGGCCGGGGCUCAGAGUGGCCUGGGAUCGAAGACAGAUCCCUUGCAGUGAACAUACACAUAAUUUUCAAAGCAACCAAUAAGAAAGAAAUGUUUAGAUUCACUCAAAAAUAUCCCAGGUUCAUCAAGAUUAUGUCAGAGUCAUCGAUGGACAGGAGAUUCCUGGAGCUGUAACAUAUGGUCUCUUAUGACUUUUCUCUUACAACUUUCCCUGCUCGGGCUUUAUAGUUUCUACCCUUUCCCAAGAGCAGCAGAAAAUGAACAAGUUCAAGGGACCAGUGACAUUUAAGGAUGUUACUGUGGAAUUCACCAAGGAGGAGUGGAAAUUACUGACUCCUGCUCAGAGGACCCUGUACAAGGAUGUCAUGCUGGAGAACUACAAUCACCUGGUCUCAGUGGGUUAUCGUGUGAGUAAGCCAAAUCUGGUCUUCAAAUUGAAGCAAGGAAAAGAGCCAUGGGUAUUGGAAGUAGAAUUUCCACGUCGGCAUCGUCCUGAAGAACUAUGGAAUGACCAUGGGGCAAAGUACCAGAAAAGUCAAGCUGGAAAUUCAAGGAUCGGAGAACUCACAAAACAUCAGAAAACUCAUAACCAGGAGGAAACUUAUGAAUGUAACAUAUGCGGAAAAUCCUUCUGCCAAAAGUCUGCCCUCACAGUGCAUCGACAUACACAUUACAAGAACAAAUCCUAUGAAUGUGAAAAAUGUGGGAAAUCUUUCUCUAUAAAUGAAGACCUCAUAAAACAUCAGAAAAUUCACACCAGAGAUAAAACCUAUGAAUGUAAAGAAUGUAAGAAAAUUUUCUACCACCUAUCAUCUCUUAGUAGACAUCUGAGAACCCAUGCAGGGGAGAAACCUUAUGAAUGUAAUCAGUGUGAAAAAUCUUUCUAUCAGAAACCACACCUCACAGAACAUCAGAAAACACACACAGGGGAGAAACCCUUUGAGUGUACUGAAUGUGGGAAGUUCUUCUAUGUGAAGGCAUACCUCAUGGUACAUCAGAAAACACAUACAGGGGAAAAACCUUUUGAGUGUAAGGAAUGUGGGAAAAACUUUUCUCAGAAGUCACACCUCACAGUACAUCAAAGAACACACACAGGGGAGAAACCAUAUAAAUGUAAGGAAUGUGGGAAAUUCUUUUCGAGAAAUUCACACCUCAAAACUCAUCAGAGGACUCACACAGGAGAAAAACCUUAUGAAUGUAAGGAAUGUGGUAAAUGCUUCUACCAGAAGUCAGCCCUCACAGUACAUCAGCGAACUCAUACAGGGGAAAAACCCUUUGAAUGUAAUAAAUGUGGUAAAAACUUUUACUAUAAAUCAGACCUCACUAAACAUCAAAGAAAACACACAGGAGAGAAACCCUAUGAAUGCACAGAGUGUGGUAAAUCAUUCUCUGUGAAUUCAGUCCUCAGAUUACAUCAAAGGACUCAUACAGGAGAGAAACCCUAUGAAUGCAAGGAAUGUGGGAAAUCCUUUUCUCAGAAGUCACAUUUUACCAUACAUCAGAGAAAGCACACAGGGGAGAAACCCUAUGAGUGUCAAGAAUGUGGGGACACCUUUAUCCAGAAGUCACAACUCAAUGCACAUCAGAAGACACAUACACGGAAGGGAAAAGCUGACAAAUAGUAUGAGUUGAGAAUUUCUGUCUGAAUUUAUCCUUCAGUGUUAUCAGAUAAUUUACACAAGAGAAACCUCAUGAGUAUCAUCAAUGAGGGAAAAAUUUCAGCCACAAUCAUUACUCAAAGAAUAUCAGCAAAUGCAUGGAGAGAAAUUCUAUAAAUUUAUUAGGGAGAAAUUUUUACCACCCAGUAGACUAUUAAAUAUCAGACAAUAUAGAUGGCAAAACUCUACAAACUAUAAAAUAUGAAGAAAAAUAUUUCUUUCAGAAGUUGUAUUUUAUUUUACAUCAUCACACAAGAGAAAUCCUAUAAGUAAAUAAAUGUCAAGAUGUUUUCUAACAGAACAGUCAGCACUUUACAUCCAAAGCUAACAUGUAUAAGAAACUCCUAUGAAUAUCCUGAGUAUUCAUAAGUCUUUUUUACACAAGUUGCACUUAUUAGAGAACUCAAGGUAGAUAACUACAAAGUUUGUAACAGGUAUAGAAGCCUUUAUUAAAGAACAGAUAUUUCAAUGAAUGUCAUGUCAUUGAUAAUUUGAAUAAUAUUUCUAUAAAUAUUUGAGAGAUUUUCAACAAAAUUUCAAAUAAUUUCUACUGAUGGAAGCAGGCAAAAAUGAAUAUUCCAAGGGAUUUGAUUUUCUUUUUAAAUAAACCUGCAAAUGUCCACAGAUGUGAAGCUUUUUAAAAAGCAAAAAUAAAUUGAGUAAUCAGACAACAUCAUUAAACACACAUGAAGGGUCUUUUAGUAUGUGGGACUUUUGUGUGCAUGUGAUUUUGCUACAAAACAUAACUUGUAGAAGUUGGACAUGCAAGUAGAACCCAUCUGUAAUUGUACAUAGAAAAACAUGUAACCUUAGUUCAAUAACUGUUACGUGUAGGAGGACGUGUCACAUUAUCUGAGCAGAGCAGUGAUUCUUGUUAUGAUAUGUAUUGUAGUGUAAUACUCUUUAUUUUUCUUAGUGCAUCUUUUCCUACCAUUUCCUGGCACUUGUAACAAUUAUAUAGACAUUGUUACUGAACUAACACUUUAAAAUGAAGCUGAAAUGUUCUUGUAAAAUGUUGAGUGUCUUAUGGUCAGCCAAAUUUUGGAGUAGGGGCACAUUUAUUUUUAGCAAAAGUCUGAGCUGCCUUUAAAGCAGCUGACAUCACUAACAUGUAUUAUACUCUAUAUAAUAGAAGUAAAUAGUGCUAUGUAAGAAAUAUAAUUAUCUUACUGUUGGUGUUUUAGCAGAGUGUAUGUAAUUAUCUGUGCUUGUAUUUUGUAUGAGAGUCUUAAAUGUUCUCCCAAACCUUUUUAUCACUAGUAGAAGCAACAUGGUAUAACAGUUAAGAGUGAGGACGCUAAGCUACUAGCCUAGGCCUAGAUUCCAGCAAAGGGGUCAUGUCAAUCACCUCCCUGUGCCUCAGUUUCUUUUAUGUAAAAGUAGUGAUAGUAACAUCUUAAUAUUGCUUUGAGGUUGAAAUGAGUUAAUAUUUUAAAGCACUUAGAAUAGUGUCUGAGACACAAGAACUAUAUAUUAGAUAUUAUAGUAAUUAUAAUGUGUAUUUCUUGAAUAAUCCUAUUAAAAUAAUGUUGGCAACCCAACACUCAUCUCCCACCUUAUUGCUUCCAGUGCCUUGGUUUGGUUUGGUUGUUUGUUUUCCCAGUGAUUCUGGAAGAGAUCCUGAUUAGGCUAGGCCAGUGGUUGGCAAACCACAGCCCAUCUGCCAGAUCUGG